CACAGCUUCAAGCGGAUCUCGUUGUUUUCACUUUUCGAAGUAUCAGUAUAUAAACAGGGACCAAGCCACACCGAUCUGAUCUAAUACAUAUAUUAAAAAAAAUAAACCCAAGAACAUGUGGACGCAUAGCAGGGGAGUAUGUGCUUGGCUUGUGUUUGUAACUGUUGUCUGUCUCGGGAAGGGGACAAAUGGCUGGGCAAGCUUUAAACAUCUCUCACGCGAGAAAAGGGCAUUUUUGGAAACUAUUGCAGUUAAACAGGGUCUUCAUGUUGUGAGUCACAUAAAAGAGAUGCGGACAUUGUCUCGCGUAAAGCGGCAAUCAGAUUCUUGUAGCAGCGGAGGUCGGGGCGGCGGCGGGGGAGGGGGAAACAUGGCUGGAGGAAGUAGUUUUGGCGGAUCUCGAGCAGGAGGUGGUGGCAUUAGAAGUGGGGGCGGCGGCGGCGGCGGCGGCGAUAUUACCGUGUUUGAUACUGUCGUUGUUACGGCCAGACGUCCUCCCAGUCCACCGUUGUUUUCUGAUUUUCGCUUCCCAAUCUCUCCUGGUGGCGGCAGUGGCGGACGAGCCCCUGCGCCUCUCCCACCACCACCACCAACAACACCAACGCCCACCCCGGCCACACCCGUGCCUGAACCAAAAGAGGACAAGGAUGCCAAGAAAAUGACGUACGCACAGUUUAUGUAUCAGCUAGAGAAACUAGAGGCCCUUCUGCCGGAUCUUCCGCCCGACCAGAUGGCCCACAAGCUAAGAAUGCUGGUCGGCCGCUACGACAGCUCUUUGUGGAAAAUGAUGUUGAAUGUGAACAACCCGAUUCCGUUGGCAGGGCGGGACGUGGAGGGAUUCACGAUGACGCCGGCGCAGAAGGGGACGUUUGACCAGCUCCGCGAAAUGAUGGACCACAGGUUCAAGGGCGGCGCCGAGCUCGGGGUCAUCAAGGUCAAUGGCGAGACCGUCGCACUAGGACACGUUAUAACAGGGGCCACAGCUGGCUAUGACAACCAGAAGUUUAUGGGGAUGGACAACUUAUUCGCUACGACACUUUCCGGGGAUCUGGGUCAGUCGGGGCUGAGAAACAGCAGAGACCCAACCUCCCCACUCAUAGGCCCCGCGGGCACCUGGAAGAACGGGAAGUACGAGUUGUCAGGGAAAGGUGGCAUGGCAACGCGCGCGGAGAUCCUCGGUGAUAUCGAUGGCUUCAACAUCGGCAAGCGUAUCAUGGCGGAUAGCACAAAACCGCUGAGUCAGCAUAUCCGUGAAUAUUACUCGGGGGAGAGCCGUCGUCGCUUUGAUAUAUUCACGGGACACACCAUCAAGGCCAACCUGAAGGCGGAAGUGUACAAGUUCGCUAAUCUCUAUGACUACAAGGAGGCGGGGAUGCUGGCAUCAGCAUUGCGCAACUCCAGUCCUGAACUUGCCGUGCGGCGAGCAAAUGAGAUAGAAAGCGUAGCUACAUCAGCCGUCAACUCGUUUUGUACGGCCUUCUCAUCUAAACUGGGAAGCUGGUGUAAAUAGAGGUCCCUUCUCUGAAAUAUACUGUAGUCAAAUAAAGGAAAUAAAAAGACAUUCAGUAAAUAUACAAUUUGUUUAUUUUUGCCAUUGUUGAACAAGCAGGAGUGUUGUUAUACAGUGAUCUUUUCUAGUU